AUGUAUAUCAUUAAGAAACUUAACUUAUUUCUAUUUAUUGCUAUUGUGGCAUUUAUCACUUUCGCUUCUUCUUAUGACUACUUAAGAGAAUCUAAAGGCAAGAAACAAUCAUCUUUGAUCAAAAGACAGACCGGGUGUCCAUACGGAACUUAUCUGAGUAGAAACGGGUGUUGUUGCGACAAUACUUGUGGUCCUUAUCCUGUAUUAUGCGGUGACGGAAUCAUCUGUUAA